AAAGUAAUAGUUGCUGCCCUUAACCUAAACUGAGGUUUCCUCUCGUGCGACUCUGGUCUGGGUUCUGUACCCUUUUCUCACUGCUUCCUUUCUUUCUUUUCUUUUUUUUUGUUUCUUUGUUCCCGAAAAGAUUUAGAACGGGGACCUAUAUAUAUUAGAAGAGUAUCAGAUUAAGCAGCUUUUGUUCGAGAUCUUUGAUUAAUGGCGACAGCCCAACAGGGGACGGAUCGAAUCAUCUCUGCUGACUCUACUGAGUCGUUGAGCAUAUUGAACUUGAAUGCAGAGGAUAAMCCUGCCAAUCCAGAUAGCUUGAAGGAACAGCCCCAUUCAACUAAAGAAGAAAGGAUGGUGCCUUCUAAUCCUUCUCAGGAUGCAGCAAACGUAGGUUCUCCAAGAGAUGCCACAGGUCAGGCAGGAUCUUUGGCUGCUGCUGGAGAUUGUACUGCUGCCUACCCAUCCAAUAUCUACGCUCCUCAGGCACAGCCAUUCUACUAUGGAGGUUAUGACAAUAUUACCGGUGAAUGGGGGGAUGAAUAUCCUCCAUAUGUUAAUGCUGAAGGCUUGGAAAUUGGAUCACCUGGCAUCUACAAUGACAGUCCAUCUGUUGUGUUUCAUACUGGUUAUGGAUACAGUCCUCAAAUGCCAUAUGGGCCAUAUUCCCCAGUUACAACACCUCUGCCUUCUGUUAGGGGUGAUGGCCAGCUUUAUUCCCCCCAGCAAUUCUCGUUCUCAGGUCCACCAUAUUAUCAACAGCCGGUUCCUCCUAGCAUGCCAUAUAUUACUUCACCAACUCCAGCCUCCCAAAAUGACCUAACAGUACCAGUUAACAUUGACCAGCAAGGUGAUGGCAUGCUUUUUGGGCCUAGACCUGGCUACCCCUCUCCAUUUGGAUCUUUUGGUAGAGGAGGCAGCUUCGGUGGAAAUUCCGGCACUCCUGGUUUCUAUGAUCUGCGGCAGGGUUUUGAUGGUUUUGGUUCCAGUGGACCAUGGUCAGAUUGGUCAAAAUCCUCAGAUGGACAGAGGUCUUUUUCUCCAUUGUCCUCACCUGCAGCUUCUCCACAACCAAUUGGUGGCACACUGGGUUCAUUUGGGCACAGUAUUGGAAUGGCUCCUCAGCAACAAAGACCAUUGUAUGCAUUUGGAUCUGGAGCUAGCUCAUACUCAAGAGGUUACCCAAAUAGUGGUAUUUAUCAAGCUUCUGGUUUUGGAAGUGCACCUAUUUCCACUUUGGAAACAAAUGGUCGGAACUGGUUGGCAAUUGAGAAGGGCAGACGGCGAGGAAGAGGGAGUGGUUCUUUGUGUAGCUGUAAUGGCACACUUGAUAUUCUAAGUGAGCAGAACCGUGGACCAAGGGCCUCAAAGCCAAAAAUCCAGACAACCAACGAACAUGGAUCAUCUACAGAUAAUAGUAAAAGUGGUUUGUUAACUGUUGAUGCCCAUGGCGAGUCAUAUAACCACCCAGAUUUUGUUACAGAGUACAAGGAUGCCAAGUUCUUCAUAAUAAAAUCAUACAGUGAAGAUAAUGUUCACAAGAGUAUUAAAUACCGUGUCUGGGCCAGCACACCAAAUGGUAACAGAAAAUUGGAUGCUGCUUAUCGUGAAGCUAAGGAGAAACAAGGGACCUGCCCAGUUUUUCUCUUCUUUUCGGUGAAUGCUAGUGCACAGUUUUGUGGGGUAGCAGAGAUGGUGGGACCUGUAGAUUUUGAUAAAAGUGUUGAUUAUUGGCAGCAAGAUAAAUGGAGUGGGCAGUUCCCUGUCAAGUGGCACAUUAUAAAGGAUGUUCCCAAUAGUCAGUUUCGUCACAUUAUACUUGAAAACAAUGAUAACAAGCCUGUAACAAACAGCCGGGACACUCAAGAGGUCAAAUUGGAACAAGGAAUUGAAAUGUUGAACAUUUUCAAGAAUUAUGAAACUGAUGUUUCCAUCUUAGAUGAUUUCGAUUUUUACGAGGACCGGCAGAAAGCCAUGCAGGAAAGGAAGAAACAGCAAGCCAGCUUGAUGACUGUCCCUGUUGGUGGUGGCAAUGAGCACCGGAAUCCAGUCUCACUAUCUAGUGACUUCAUAAAACAGAUGUCCAAGAGCUUUGCUCAAGCUGUUAGGUUGGAAGAAAGUGGUAAAGAAGACCUGAUAACAGAGAAGGGUGGCUCUGCUGUUGCUGCAUCUGUGGGUGCUGGAGUUAAAUCUGAGGAUGUAAAAACAGCAGGGACGGUGGUUUCAACUGCACAAAGCAGUUAGGAUGCUGCAAUAGUGGGCAUAUCGGGCGGGGGCUGACUGGGAUUCGACACUCUUGCUCCUUCCAUUUGUCUUUUUUUAAAUUAUAAUUGUUGUGUGAAGGUGGAAGCUGUGUCGUAUUGGAAUUCAUUGGAGUGCGUUGGCAUCUGCAUGGAAGGCUAUAUGGAUGUCUACAGGCUGACGCAGUAGGUUGUAUAGUAUGUGCUUGCCUGCUGCCUUUGCAAUUGUAAUUUUAGUUUUCCUUGCUUUUUGUUGUGGGUUGGAGCUGUAAUUGAAGCUGCUGGUUGAUGUAAGUUAAUAAAGAAUGCAGCAGGAGCCCCUUUUAGAUAUGGCGAGUAGUUCAUGAUGCACUAGUGGACCUUGACUGUGUUGCUCUUC